AUGUUGUCUUUGAUCUCUUCAGCUCUUUGCUUGAGCGCCAUUGCUUCUGUGAACGCCUUUGUUCCAGUGCACAAGGCAGCCUCCGCCAACACUGCCUUUGCACCAACCCAAUCAUAUAUUCAACCUCAACCUCAACCUCUUCAAAUCAAUGGCUUCAAACGCGAAAAGUGCGUCUUGUUCAUGGGAUGGGGUCCCGAACCAGUCUGGUCGGCUGCCACUGUGACUGAAUCGGAAGCCGCCAACGAAUCUGGCUCCUCUGUCCGUAUCAUGGUCCAAGUUCCUGCCGAGACUGCAGCCGAGUACAAGACUCCUGGCCAAUACGUUCAAGUGACUUUGAACGAGGAAACCAAACCCCUCUUUUUGGCCAUUGCCAGUCCUCCUGACGCUGAAAAUCCCUCUUUUGAAUUCUUGAUUAAGAAAACGGACAGCAACGGCUGGAUCACGGGUGCUGCUGACGGCAGUCAAAUCCAAAUAUCCCAAGUCUUGGGCAAUGGAUUCCCCAUGGAAGAAAACUUGGAAGGCUUCAAAUUCGACUUUCCCACUCAAAAUGUUCUCCUCUUUGCUGCUGGUAGUGGACUUGCUCCUAUUAAAGCCGCCAUGGAAAGUGGCCAAUUGAAUGUUGGUGGCGGAGGCGGUGGCCGCACAGCUCGUCUGUAUUAUGGCAUCCAAACGGCCUCCGAUCUAUGUUACGUCGAUUACUUUCCCAAGUGGGAAAAAAUGGGUUUCCAAGUGGUUCCUGUGCUGUCGCAACCAGGACCAGAAUGGGGAGGACGCACUGGAUACGUGCAAAACUGUUUGGAAGAAGAUGGAGUCCCAAUUCCACGAAACUCGGGUGCUCUGCUCUGCGGCCAAAAGGGCAUGGCAGAGAGUGUCACUGCCAUUUUGACCAAGGCAGGUGUCUUUGAAGGGCGAAUCUUGACCAACUUUUAA